AUUCUUCCAGGACACGCCAAAUGUGUUGAAUACAUCAAAAGUUUCAACCUGCCCCUGCUAAUGCUGGGUGGCGGAGGCUACACCAUUCGCAACGUGGCCCGUUGCUGGACAUACGAAACCGCCGUCGCCUUGGACUGUUCCAUCCCUAACGAGUUGCCCUACAAUGAUUACUUUGAGUACUUUGGGCCCGACUUCAAGCUGCACAUCAGCCCGUCCAAUAUGACCAACCAGAACACCAACGAAUACCUGGAGAAGAUAAAGCAGCGUCUGUUUGAAAACCUCCGUAUGCUGCCUCAUGCCCCGGGUGUCCAGAUGCAGGCAAUCCCUGAGGACGCUCCCCACCCAGACAGUGGAGACGAGGAUGAGGAGGACCCUGAUAAACGCGUCUCUAUCCGGGCCCACGACAAGAGGAUAGCCUGUGAGGAGGAGUUUUCUGACUCGGAGGAUGAGGCAGAGGGUCAGGGAGGGGGCCGCAGGAACGCAGCCAAUCACAAGAAGGCCAAACGAGUCAAGAAGGAGGAAGAGAAGGAAGGAGAGGAAAAGAAAGAAGUAAAAGAAGAGGAGAAGGAGGAGGAGAAGAUGGACACAUCAGGACCAAAAGAAGAGCUGAAGACAACUUGAAGUUCGUUACUGGGAGCGAUGGUUGGUUGUACUGUCGUCCUCGAGCCCCACUGAUUCCUACACUCUCCUGCUGCGAUGAUAGGACCUUUUUGUAUUCCUGUUUGAUCUAGUGUUCUUGCAGCAGACCUGGUUUACACUUUAUUCACAUUUACAUUUGUUUCAACCUCAGUGAAGAGGCAUGAAUCUGCGACUGCUAAUUUGCCCCUUUCUGUUCUCUAUGCCAAGUGUAAACCCACCUGGAGCUCCGUAUAGUAUAAAACAAAUGCCACAAUUCCUUCUCAGCUGUGGUGUGAACCAGGUCUGCUUUACUGUGAAGAAAAGCAGCCAAAUUAUUACUGUUCCUAUCAUGAUGUUACAGAUUUAAACCAGUUUGUGGGGCUCACGCUGAAACGCCUGCAGAGAUGUAGAUGAUUUCUAAGUCUCGUGCUCACAUGCAAAAAAGCUUUUCUGUUAGUUUUUAAACAUCUAUUUAUGACACUGUUGGAAUAACCAGCAGCUGGCAAACUGGUGUUUGGCUCGCUGUGUUAAUUCUUCAGUGACUGCAUGUUUAGGAUGAUGUCGUCUUUAGCAUGUACAUACUGCUCCCUCUGCCCAGACACAUCUCUGCUCACUAACUUAUUUGAUAUCAUGAACACAGUCGGUCCCUUCAGCCCGUCGUCCUGUCACUAUCUGCUCAGUGUUUUUCUCCUCCUGCAUUGUUUGUAUGUUGAAGUAUGAAUGGCUGUGAACCUCUUCAGAGGCUCGUGUGUGUGGAAGUGAGAGAUUUUAGAUAUUUUGUACCAUUACACAUGAAGGUGGAGUGAGCUGGUAAAAUGGCUCCUCUACAUGUGGUUGUUUGGAGUUUGAUCCUUGUGAAAUCUGCAUUAUCAUAACUUUGUAAUAAAACAUAAAACUGUU